CGAUUGUUCAUCCAACCACCCAUCCAUCGGACCGGUGCUGAUAAGAAACAAGUGAAAUUCGCGUGCUAAUCGCGGAAGAAUUGGAUUGUAGAACGCAACCGUUUGGAGGAAAUUUGCGCCAAGCUAAAGAAGAGCAGCCGCGCAACUGAUCCACCAGGACGUCGGGAAGAAAUACAACGACGACGACAAUGAUGAAUUCCUCCGCAGCCAUCUCCAUCCUGUUGGCGUUGGCUGUUGCGAUGCUCUGUUUGGCGCAUGUGAUAGAUGGCGGUGUUGUGGAUAGGGAGCCACGUGCCUACAAGCAGUACAACAACGAACCACCUCCAGCUAAACGACCGUUCUGCAACGCAUUCACCGGCUGCGGAAAAAAGCGGUCCAGUGUUGUGCCCGUUACGCCCGUUAACAUGCACCAUCGGCUGGCGCUCACUUCCGAACAGAACCGACCCAAGGUAACGGAAGGAUUCGACCCCAACGAGGACUCGCUGGCCAACUUGAUCGACCUGAACACGGAACCUGCUGUCGAGGAUCUUAUGAGGCAAAUCAUGUCCGAAGCCAAACUGUGGGAAGCCAUCCAGGAAGCUAACCGGGAGAUCUACCUCCAGAAGCAGGGCCAGAAAUCGGACGGGAACUCGUUUCCGGUUUCGUUCAGUACGCAGUGAGAUGGGGGGACCCGGGGGAAACAUUUUUUGAUUUAGGAUUUCGGUUAGGAUUAGUCUCUCUCACAUGUGUGAACUUUAAUAAUACUCCUUUUGAUUGGAACUAGCUUGAAUUACGACGAAGGGAAACGGUUGCUGUCCAGAAUCACCCUUGCUCCAAUGAAAAUCCUGUUGCCAAAGAUUACCGCCAUUCAUAUACAUAGUAAUGUGUCUAUUGUUCGCUUCAGAAUCGUGGAACACUUUUAAAAUUAAGGUCUCUCUCUGUAAAUAGUGCUCUGAUACGAAGUUUCAUAAAUUUCCAGUUGUCAUUCACUUGAGAUUGUUGCAAUAAAAUUUGAUUAUUAACAGUGUAA